AGCCAGCCAUCUUCAAUUCAAUUCAAUUCCUUCUGAACCAAACUCCUUUUCAACAUUCUUUUUUCAAAGUUUGAUCAAAUGGCUGCACAGAAUGAUGUCCCUAUUCCAAUUCCUGAAAACAAAGCUGUAGUCGUUGAACAAGAAGAUUUAGACUACUCGAAAAGAGGACAGUGGCUUCGUGCAGCUGUCUUAGGAGCCAAUGAUGGUUUGGUUUCCGUUGCCUCUUUAAUGAUGGGCGUUGGAGCUGUGAAACACGACGUCAAAGCCAUGAUUCUUACGGGUUUUGCUGGUUUAGUUGCAGGUGCAUGCAGCAUGGCAAUAGGUGAAUUUGUAUCGGUGUCUUCUCAGCUUGACGUAGAGGUAUCUCAAAUGAAAAGAACCCGAGAAAGUGAGGAGGAGGAUGAUCAAGAACAGCUGCCAAACCCCAUGCAGGCGGCUGCAGCCUCAGCGGUUGCAUUUAUAUUUGGAGCUAUGGUGCCUUUACUUGCUGCGUCUUUCAUCGUGGACCAUAAGGUCAGGUUGGGUGUGGUAGUGGCUGCAGUAACCGUUGCGCUUUUGAGUUUCGGUUGGAUUGGAGCGUUUUUAGGGAAGACUCCUGUGGUUAAGUCUUGUUUUAGAGUUCUGGUUGGAGGGUGGAUGGCUAUGGCUAUUACUUUCGGGUUGACCAAGUUGAUGGGCUCUAGCGGUCUCUAAUUACUUGGCUUAUUUUAAGAUGGGAUAAUUAGUUAUCGUUGUUUUUUUUUUCUCAUCUUAUAUAUUUUGCUAAAAAGUUAUAUUACCCCGAUACGUAUGAUGCCAUUUUGAUAACUAAGAGUUAAAGUUUUCAUCAGAUUAAGCACUUAA